AUGGAUCUGGCCAAAAUUGUCUACUCGUUCAUUGUCGUACGUGAUCCUGAUCUGCCCGGUUGUAUGGUUAGAAAUACCACUAUUCCGGAAGAAUUGGGUCGAAUCUCUUAUCUGAUGUCCGACAAGACAGGCACCUUGACACAAAACGAGAUGGUUUUCAAAAAAUUGCAUCUGGGCACGGUCGCGUUUGCACCGGACUCAAUGGAAGAGGUUGUUCAAGGUUUAAGACAGUAUUACGAAUCUACUACAGCUGGUCGUUCGGGGACAGAGACCGGAGGACGUCAAAUACGUCGGACCGGUAAUGAACGUAUGGCCGAGGCGGUAAUGGCGGUAGCCGUGUGCCACAAUGUUACCCCAAUGAGUGAAGACAAUUCAGGUGUGGGUGAGGCACCAAGUGAUGUGAAAAGUCCCUUGGACAUGGUAAGUUUCAAUCAUGUCAUCUGUUUUCUUCUUGGACUUUAA